CCGGAAGCUUCCUCUCACAUGUUGUGUACAUUUACCGGUUGCUAAGCGCACUGUCACUGGUUUCUUCUCCGUUUUUAGAGGCUACAGACUCAUAAACGGGUUAUAAGAAGAUGAAAGUGGUCGCGUUGAUCAGUGGGGGCAAAGACAGCUGCUACAACAUGAUGCAGUGUGUUGCUGCUGGACACAGGAUAGUGGCUCUGGCCAACCUGCGCCCCGCUCACACAGAUGAGUUGGACAGCUACAUGUACCAGACGGUGGGUCAUCAGGCUAUAGAGCUGUAUGCUGAUGCAAUGGAGUUGCCUCUUUAUAGACGUACCAUUCAUGGUUCCAGCUUGGACACGAGCAGAAACUACAGUGAGACAGAAGGGGAUGAGGUGGAGGACCUGUAUCAGCUACUGUAUCUUGUUAAGGAAAAGGAGUCCAUUGAGGCUGUGUCUGUAGGAGCCAUUCUAUCCGAUUACCAGAGGGUCCGUGUGGAAAAUGUAUGUCUGCGGCUUGGUCUGCAGCCCCUGGCCUACCUGUGGCGCCGAGACCAAGAGUCUCUGCUGUCCGAGAUGAUUAAGUCUGACCUAUAUGCCAUCCUCAUCAAAGUUGCCGCCUUUGGCCUGGAUCCAGAGAAGCACUUGGGAAAAUCCCUGGCUGACAUGGAGCCCUACUUGAAACAGCUUUCCAACAAGUAUGGAGUCCAUAUUUGUGGUGAGGGAGGUGAAUAUGAAACGUUAACUCUUGAUUGUCCACUCUUCAAAAAGAAGAUAGUUAUCGAUGAAGCCGAGACCGUGAUCCACUCGGCAGAUGCUUUUGCUCCUGUUGGCUACCUGCGCUUCACCAAAAUGCACACAGAGGACAAACACAGAGAUGCGAUGGCGGGAGCUUUGCCCCAUGGUAGUUGUCCUUGCCAGAGCGCCAUUGACAAGAUGACUGAGGAGGUGGAAUAUGCUGAUCAAGCUGAAGACAACCAGCACAAAUUUACAUCAAACUGUGACCUUAGUUGUCACUGGGGCCACGACAAGCCUCCAUCCUGCUCAAAAAGAUGUUCGAGAGGCUAUCAAUGGAUCUCAGGCAUUAAUGGACUUAAGAGCCAAGAUCUUGGGAUUGAGGGCCAGACACUGGCAGCUUUUACUAUGCUUCAAGAUGAGUUGAGAAACAAGGCUUGGAACAUGAAGAACAUCAUCUUGGUUCAUCUCUAUGUGCGAAACAUGAAAGAUUUUGUUUCUCUUAAUGCAGUUUACAGAACAUAUUUCGACACAAACCCUCCAGCCAGGGUUUGUGUCCAGGCAGCUCUGCCGGCUGGACAGCUGCUGCAGAUGGACUGUCUCCUCCAUGACUGGAUUGAGCCCCUGGAGGAGGGCUGUUUCCGUCACAAAGAAGCCCUGCAUGUGCAGGGCCUGUCCCACUGGGCCCCGGCUAACAUCGGGCCGUACAGCCAGGCCUAUAAGGUAGAUGAGCUGGUGUUCUGUGCAGGUCAAAUUGCUUUGGUCCCCUGCACCAUGUGUUUGGUAAAAGCUGGCACAUCUGUACAAGCUCAUCUGUCCUUCAGCCAUGUGAAGAAGGUUCUGGAAGCUGUGAUCCACAACUUGACUCUGGCUCAUGUCGUCCAGGCCCACUGCUACACCACAAGACACCAAGACAUUGCGACCAUCAGAGCUGUGUGGGAGAGCAUGCUGAGGGGUCCGGAGGAAAAAAAGGAGUUGCUGUGGGAAUCUGAGAUCAAACUCGUGCCACUGCUGAUCGCCGUGGUACCUGCCCUACCCAAGGAUGCAGCUGUUGAGCUUCAUGUAACUGCAAGUAAUGAUGAUCCCUCCAGAAGAACUUCCUGGGACAUUACAACAAAGGCAUCGUGCGGAUCCAUAGAGUGCCACAUAGUGUUGUCUGCUGACCGCAGUAGCGCUUCGCUAUCACUUUCACUGGUCCCCUGUGGCGACGUCCUGGGAAUCACUGAUGUGAAACGCAUAACAGAGGAAGUUAGCACCAUGUUUAUGAAAGCCACAAAGAUGAUAGAGGCUGAGCUGGUACCCCAGUGUGCAAGGGUGUUCUACAAGUGCAGCCCCUCACCAGUUCAGCAGAUAGUUCAAGGACUUGAAGAAAGCUUACGAAAUUGUUUAGGAGAAUCCAGUCCAUCCGUGGCCCUGGUUCCAGUCCUGGAUCUGCCCAACUCCCAGAUCCUCCACUUGUCCUGCUGGCUCAGUUUAUAGAAACACACCUAUAGUCAUGGGGGAGAUUACCCCAGUCCACAUCGGUAUGACUCAGAGGGGCUUUUGUGGAAAAACAAUUCUUAAAGUGGAUAACUUUAGACUUAAAGAAACAUAAGGGAUUGUGGGAAGUAAAAUUCCCAAUCAGUUUGGACAUUGUUGCUUUUCAUCAAUGACAUAUAAAAAAUCUGCAAGUGUGCAGCUUUGAGGAUAUAUAUAUUGCACCCUUUGGAGCAUCUGUAAUUUAAAGGUGCAUACCAGAAAAAACCUAUUUCAUUCCAACCGGCAAUAAAAUCCCUCCCAGGAUAUAUUUCUGUUUCUGGUGGAAUUUCUGUGUCAUAACGGCUGAGCUCCACCUCUGACACCAUCUGUGUCAGUUGCAGACCUUAAGAUUUACUAUGUCACUUCUUUGGAGCUGUGCGUAAUGUAUUUGAGGUGAACGAGUUUCUUUCUCAUGCUCCACGGGGCACUGGGUGUGUUAUUAUUGUGUAAUAGGCAAUCAGCACCGAGCACCUCAAAAGAUUAGGCCUUUUUAUGUUUUCUAUUGAUUCUAAGGCCACCUGGUUAAUAGAAGAAGGACACAAAGCUGCAGGGCAAAUGUGUGUCCACUGCGUGUGUUGAAGAGGAUGUCAUGGGACGAGGUGUAACAAUGUUGAAAGAAAAUAACACCAUUAACCAUUUCAACUGGAACAUUUUUUUUUCUAGAAGAUCAUGAACCGUAUUGAUAAUCUAAGUUUGAAUGCAUCUUCACUCUGGCAAUUCACUCCAAUGUGUUCUCUGAGUGGAGUGGGCUAUUGAUCUUCACCCACUACGAUGUUGUUUUGAUUGUUGUCAUCAAAAAUUGAACAAUAGAGGCAGCCAAUAGAGCCUUAAGACUUUCAUUGAAGUUUGAAAAAUACAAACAAGCAAUUAUUUAUGGGAGCAAGCAUCUGAUACUGCAUGAAAGAAAAAAAAAGAAAAAAUAAAUAUAUAUAUACAUACAUAUAUUCAAAGAAAAGUGUAAAACAAAUCAUAUUCCUUGUUUGUGUGCACAAACUUGGCCAAUAAAGCUGAUUCUGAUUCUUCUGCUGUAAAGUUUUACACUGCCCCAAUAAAAGAAGAUAUUGUAUUUUUGACUGAUGUUCCUAAUAAAUCCAUGCAAAAGUA